AUGGCGGCGGAGGCUGCGCAGCCCAUCAAAAACAUCAAGGAAAUAGUUUCCUUGUAUCGUGACCUAAGCCAUUAUCCAACACUUUACAGUGCAACCGUUGGACCUGAUGUCACUACGCAAUAUGGCGGCAAAUAUUGCAACAUCUACACUGAGUGGACACAGAGAGAUCUUGAUCGCAACGAGCAAGUAAAAUUUUGCCGACAGUACAUAGUGUUCCAUGAUAAUAACACCAUUGUGUAUUCAGGUGCCUGUGGGAAUAGCUGCGAGAUCAAGGGAGAACUACUCAGCAAAGAGUCCCUUUCUGGAUCACUGAAAGCUGUCCUACGAGACACCACCAAUGCCAAAGGGGAAAGCACGCAGUUCUUGGAGGUGUGGGACAAGAAUUGCAAAAUAAAGAGCAUCAACCUGACCUCUCUUGAUAAGCAUGGGAAGGUGUAUGAGGAUGACCAGUUUGGAUGUCUGUCCUGGUCCCAUUCCGAAUCUCAUCUAUUGUAUAUUGCCGAAAAAAAGAGACCCAAAACAGAAAGCUUCUUCCAGAUUGAUUCUAAAAAUCUUGGCUCAGGAGUGUCUGAUGGGAAGGAAGAUGCUAUCCCAAAACCUAUCAAGGGUGAUCAGUUUGUGUUCCAUGAGGACUGGGGAGAAGGCCUGGUAAAUAAGAGUGUUCCAGUUUUGUGUGUUAUGGACAUCGAGAGUGGCAACAUUUCUGUACUGGAUGGAAUACCCGAAUAUGUGUCACCAGGACAGGCAUUCUGGUCCCCUGAUGACACUGGAGUUGUGUUUGUCGGCUGGUGGCAUUCCCCUUAUCGACUUGGCUUAAAGUAUUGCCCCAAUAGGAGAUCUGCACUGUUUUUUGUGGACCUGACUGGCGGCAAAUGUGAAACACUCUCCACGGACUUUCUGUUUUUUCACCCAGAUUGA